AUGGUGAGAUAUGUAACAAUGAAACGUAUCACACAAAUUCUUGCCUCAAUCGUAUUUGUCAUAACAGUUGUAACUGUUUAUCUCGCAUUCGACUUUGCAAUCAACAGUGCUAUGGGAAGCAAAACUCCCUUCAACAAACGUUUUCGUCAUGAACAAUAUCAUCAUAAUAUUCAUGCUCGCGAUAAUGCAGAACAAGAUCAUGAUGAUGAACACAAUAAUGAUAACACCCAUGGUGAUCCAAGUGAUGAUAUUAAAAUAACAAAAAAACGUUCGAUAUUUUUAUCGACUUCCCCUCGUACAAAAAAAUCUAAUCGGACAGUAAAACAUCAAAAUGAACAUCAGCAGCAUCUUUCAAAUAACAAUCGUCAUACAAAUAGCACUAAAAGAAAACCCGUUGUGGCUCCACUUCAUGCAAAACCUGGUAAUUUUCAUAAAGGUAAAACAGGUGUUAAAGUCAACAAACCACAAAAAGCGGCUAAAUCACAACAAAAAGGUCCCACGAAAAUGAAGGCAGCCGUUCAACAAAGAAAUAAACAUUACAUAGAUGAUAAAAACAUUGCCUAG